CCCACAUCGCCACCACCACACCCUUUUCUCUUCCGCCGGAUGCUUGACGACGCGCCGAAUACCAAUGCGUACCUCAAUUUGGGCGAUGCCACGCUGUAAUGCCUGCUAGGAACAAUCUAACAGACCAGAUAACGUGGUUGUUAAGCGCGAAGCCGUUCAUUCCAUCCGCUCACUCUCUUGUUGCCUACGAUUCAGACCUCCCCACCAGCUCAGUGACGAUUUCACAGCACUCCUCUUCCUUGGCCGAGCCUACAAUAAACGAUGCACCCGGGCCUGCGCCAGCGCCUGUCCGAACGAUUACUCAACCGAGCCAGCGUCCCACCUGCACAGCAACCCGAACGGUUGAUAUACAUAAGCCGACGUCGGAGCAGGAAAGAGAGGUUUAUAUGGCAAGGCUGCGUGCUACGCCAGGAAAUGGAAAGCCUAGGCUUGUCUUAGCCGGACUGCCGUCUAAUGAUGCGCUUUCAGCCUCGAGGAGCAAGCACACCAAUACCUGGCAGGACAAAGAUGAAAGGCCGGGUAAAAGUUCAAAGAGGCGAAAUUCGACUGACCUGACGACCCCAACUGAAGCACAUCCCACGUCUAGAAAACAACGUCUUCAGUCCCACGAUAUCGAAGCAAUAGACUUGACUGGCGAGAAUGAAGCGCAGCCGUCUUCGCUCUCGAAACGGCUUAAAAAGGGAAAGAAGCGGAAGAGCGAUGAGUUCGAGGAGGAUUUCAGGCAGAGGAAGUCACCCAGACCAGUCAGGACGAUCGCCGCCUUCAGCCCCUGCACCCCCGACUUCGACGGUUUCGCAGAUAUCGACGAGAUGGGGGCUGUACCAGAAAGCCCGCCUCCACCCUAUUCGACGACGGUUCAGAAUGGUAGAAUCGGACAAGCUGGAGAAGCAUACGGAGGAGAUUUGAACGAUGGGCUUGGGUUUCAACUACCUUCCGAUGACGAAGAUCAUUUCAUACCGGAGGUGUCGCGUCAGGUUACGCCAAGCGCCCGAAAGCGCAAAUCGCUCAGUCGCGCGCCUUCUGAAAUGUCCCCUCAUACGCGGAAAAUGGGCAAGCAAGCUCGUAGUCCUUCUCUGAAGACUAGUCAGCAUGCAAACGGUAAUGCCUCUGGCAAAGCUGGUCGACCCUACACUCCAGUGAAGCGAAGAGUCGGUGGUGCAGUCUUAGACUCGGAAGAUGAAGAAUUUGACGAUUUCGAUGGCUUUGACCUCGAUCCGGAAGAUGUCAAAUCUGUCCCGUCGCCACGUCCUACUUCGGCGAGAAACACCGUCAACGCACCAAGCCAAGAACCUACCAGCCAUGUAAAUAUCCACAUGCAUUUACCAAUUCGCUCUCCAUCGAAGCCCAUUGAGCCAGCCGGCCGACAAGCCAAGCCAGAACCUGCGCGCAUCCAUACGAAACCCCAAUCACCCCAAACGAAGCGGCUGUCUCCCCAGAAGGUGCAGUCUACUCCUGGCUCUAUUGUGCGUCAGUCUCGCCAAAUACCUUGUGCAUCUCAAAUACCUCAGGAAAAGAAAGACGCAAUUCGCCAAGCUGUAGAAAGCUUCCUGGACGCUGAGGGAUACCGUCUCCAGCGGCAGUUAGAUACUGCGAUCGCCACCUGGGCCAAAGCCAAGGAAGCAUUUCUAAGACAUUUGGAGUCUGGCGCAGACCAUUCGGCCGAUACAACGAAGGUCCAGCGUGCCCACGCCCAGAAAGAUGCAAUAGAACAGUUGAUUGUGCUCAAAACCAAGCAUGAAGACAUGAAUAUGGAACGACAAGGGGUCAGGAAGAAGAUAGAGGAAGACCUCAACAGGGGCAUAUUCAAUCCCGCAGAUGGAGAAGCCUUGGCUGCUAUAGCUAAGUCGCUUGAGGAACUCCAAGUCCAGAUCUACUUUCUUCUCGAAGUAGCAGGAAUGAAGAAGUUCCUGGAACCCGGUGUUAAGAACGAAGCGGACGGGGAUGCCCGCGACGUUGUUAUUCAGUCCACGCAGACGACACCGACAUCGAACAAGCUGAAACCAGCCGAAAUUCCCGGGUCCAGUCACGUUCCUCAGACACAAUACGUCAGACAGACUCAAAUAUCCGUUCAGGAUGUAUGGACGCCAUCCCGCCGAAUCCGGUUUGCUGAAAGGCAUAACGCGGCAUCUCCUGCGCCGCUUCUAAGCUUCAACACUCGCCCCCAUGCCCCCGAGAGGCCGAACCCUAUGGCACAGCAGAAAUCUCAUCGGAUACCUGAAACUCCCCAGCGACAUAGAUCACCACCUGCACGGUCAAAGAAAAACGCGCCUCGCGAGUCUAGCGGACCCGAGUCGUUUCAUACACCAAAUGAAGAUUUCGGAGACGACUUUGAUGAUGACGAUAACCUCUUCAGCUCUACCAUGGGUGUGCCGCCGGACCCGGCAGAGGUUAACGACGAAGAUUUCUGCGACGAUGACGAUGACGCUGCUUUCCAUGAGAUCAGCAACGGGGAGAACGUAGCACGCUUCGAUUGGAAAGGCGACCGGGUGGAUGCUCGCACAACUCGAAGAGAGGUCUUUCGGGAAGCUUCGGUGAACCGGGUUCAACAGCGGAAUAUCCAGCCAUCGCCAAAGAAGCCGACAUUAAACAACAUAGGAAUGAACUUCCCGUGGUCGCGCGAUGUGAGAGAUGCGUUGCUCUACAAGUUUGGCCUGCGCGGCUUCCGUCCAGGCCAGCUGGAAGCCAUCAAUGCCACCCUUGGCGGAGAACACUGCUUCGUGCUAAUGCCAACUGGAGGUGGCAAGUCGCUAUGCUACCAACUUCCCUCCGUUAUCAACUCGGGAAAGACCCGAGGAGUUACAAUCGUAGUGUCACCGCUACUAAGCUUGAUGGAGGAUCAGGUUGCGGCCUGUAAAGAACGGUUCAACAUGCAGGCUUUCCUGAUCAACGGGGAGUCCACGGCGGCGGAGAAGAACUUCAUCAUGGAGGGGCUGAGAGAACGCGACCCCGAAAAGUUCAUACAGGUGUUAUACGUAACCCCUGAAAUGCUGAGCAAGAACCAGAGGAUGAUCAACGCCUUUCAGCAGCUGCACCGGCGGAAUCGCCUCGCUCGUAUCGUCAUCGACGAAGCGCAUUGUGUCAGUCAAUGGGGCCACGAUUUCCGGCCAGACUACAAGGCGCUUGGAGACGUUCUCGGCCAAUUUCCAGGAGUCCCAAUCAUCGCUCUCACGGCAACUGCCACCCAGCUGGUCCGUACUGACGUGAUGGCGAAUCUCGGCAUCCGGGGCUGUCGUUUAUUCACACAGAGCUUCAACCGACCAAACUUGUCAUACGAGGUCCGGGAGAAGGGCAGAGCCAUCGUUCAAAGCAUUGCUGAAUUGAUCCAAUCAAGAUACUCUGGGAAGUCCGGCAUUAUCUAUUGUCUAUCUCGGAAGAACUGCGAGGCUGUUGCGCAGAAACUUACAUCCCUUGGCAUCCGAGCCUACCACUAUCAUGCUGGAAUGGAAUCUGCAGAGAGAUCCGACGUCCAGAGGAAAUGGCAGAACAAUGAAUAUCACAUCAUCGUGGCCACGAUUGCUUUCGGCAUGGGGAUCGAUAAGGCCGACGUGCGCUUCGUCAUACAUCAUACUCUACCAAAGAGCUUGGAAGGGUACUAUCAAGAGACCGGCCGCGCUGGACGAGACGGCAAGCGUUCGGACUGUUACUUGUACUAUCAAUAUGCCGACUGCAAGAUGCUGAGGAAGAUGAUUGAAGAGGGGGAUGGCAGUAGAGAGCAAAAGCAGCGCCAGCAUGACAUGCUUCGAAACGUGAUCCAGUUCUGCGAGAACAAGAGCGAUUGUCGCAGGGUGCAGGUGUUGAACUACUUCAGCGAACCCUUCCAGCGCGAAAACUGCAACGGGACCUGCGACAACUGUAUGUCGGAUGCCACAUUUGAGGAGAAGGACCUCACGAACUAUGCAACCGCAGCUAUUCGAAUGGUAAAGCAAGUCGAAAAGACCAACGUCACGGUACUUCAAUGUAUCGACGCGUUUCGCGGGGCGAAGAACGCGAAACUGAAGGGCGCGGAUCUUGACGAGUUCGGCUUCGGCAAGGACUUGGAAAGAGGCGACGUCGAACGUGUUUUCCAUCACCUCCUAGAAGCUCAGGCACUGAGGGAGGAAAGCAAGACAAACAACGCGGGGUUCGCGACCAACUACCUUCAUCUAGGCCUGAAGGCAAGAGACUAUGAAAAGGGCCGAAGGCAGUUCAGAUUACAAGUCCGUGUCACCCCUCGAAAAGCGCGUGGUAUAAACACCAGCAAGAAGUCCACGAAAAAGCGAGCGGAGUAUCCCUCGACGAACGUCUCUUCCCCUAUCCGACUUGCCUCGAAGCCAAACCUCCGACAAUACGUGUUAAACGAGGCCGACGAUGAUGAGAGUAAUGACUGCUUUGACGACCCGCCGCGUCGGACGCGCGGCACCAACCGCAGUUAUAAAGAUGACGGACCCGUCGUCCCCCACAAAUCAGAGGACGAUGAUGGCUUUGCUCCUAUCCGCGGCGCAAAACCCUCGUCACUAUCAAAGCGCAGGGCGCUCGGUGCCCCUAUCACUGUUGAUGAAAGGGUCUCCGACCUGAGCGAUUUUCAGAGGGACGUUCUGGCCGACUUCAUGAAAGGCGCAAAGAACCUACUUCGAGGCAUCAUGGUAGAGAAAGGGAUCCGAAACGCCCCGUUCUCGGACACCAUCCUACGCGAAAUGUGCCUCGACCUUCCCCACAACGAAGACGAACUGCUCGUCAUCCCUGGAAUCAAUCCCGAGAUGGUGAAGAUCUACGGCGGCAGGCUUCUCCCACUCAUUGACAAUACGAGGAAAUGCUUUUGUGAGGAAGUGCCAAUCCCGAAGCACCGACUCUCCGGACGCCGUCCAGUCGUUCUUGUCGGCGAGAAAGAUGACGACGAGGAUGAAGACCAGAGGCCCCUGGAUCCGAAUCAUCAGAACGUUAUUGAUCUUGUGAGUAGUGGGUCAGAAGACGAAGGAACAGCCACGGAGACCGAAAGCCUCAAUUCGAUGGAAUGUAACGAGGAAGAGGAUGAUGUAGCCGUGCACACGAGCCACCACUUCAAUCAGCAAGCUGACCCCGAAGUCGAGAACUGGAAUCGUCGAUUCUCGCAAAUUGAGGCCGAGAGGCCUAAUCCGCGUUCGAAGGCGCCCGCAACGUCCAAACCUUCUACAUCUAGAGCCGGUUCGAAGGCUCCAUUUUCCAAGAAGAAGGGUGGCUUCCGCAGGAAGGGUUCCGGUAGCUCGGGUAAAUCAUACGCCGGGGUGUCCAAGAGAGUAGGUGGCAGGACAUCUGGAGCUAGAAAGUCGGGCAGUUUCGGUGGCACGAAGAAGACGGCGGGGGGUGGAAGUCGGAGGUCUGGUGGGGGCGGCGCGUGGGGUGGAGUCAUGGCGAUGCCUACUUGAGCCUGGGCAUUAUCGUGUUGUGUUUGGCCUACCGCAUCCCCUUGCGAUGUAUGCAUUCUUAAAGAUCUCUCGAAACAUGUUGGCGGAUCUAGAGCCAAAGACCUCCUUUCCGAGGGAAGGGACGCAUGAAGACGGACCCAUAUAAUCCAUAUCAUUCUCGU